AUUCUUCAUAGAGGGCGCUUACCACCAAGACGAGAAUUGUUGAUAAUUUGUCAGAAUUAUUGUUAUUCAGAAGAGAAUUUUUCACAUCAUCAAAUUGAUUGGACUUGAUUUUUCAAGAUGGGUUUCUUCGCUGGAUUUGCUCGACUUUUAGUCAUUGUUUUCAACUUCAUCUUUUGGCUUUCUGGAGCUGCGAUUCUUGGAGUGGGCAUCUGGUUCCUGGUGGACCCGAACAUGGAGUCUUACCUGGGCAUCGUGAAGAUCAACGCAGACCAGAGUCUCACGAAUGCGGCCUACAUUCUCAUUGGCUUCGGAAGCUUCAUCUUCCUCGUCGGCUUCUGUGGGUGCUGUGGAGCCAUCAGGAACAGCAAGUGUCUACUUGGCUUCUACAUCUUCUUUUUGGUGUUAGUGUUCGCAGGAGAGCUUGGAACUGGAAUCCUGGUGAUUAUUUACAAGUCUGAGGUUGAAAGUCAACUGCAGGUGGAACUUGUGAAAAGCAUUAAAGAAAAAUACACAGACCCAGCUACCAAAGAGUCAUGGGAUAAGGCUCAGAAGGAGCUGAAAUGUUGUGGCUAUGAAGGACCAAAUGAUUACAACAACAGCGUUUGGCAGAAGGAGAAUACUCCUAAGAAGAUUCCUAAAUCUUGCUGUGUUUUGGAUGCUCAAGAAAAAAUAACUAAUGAGGCAGAUUGUCAGAGCAUGACUGCGGAUUUCCAUGAUACAGGCUGCAAAGAGUCUCUGAAAAGCUGGAUCAACAGUAAGAGCAUUAUUCUCAUCGGAAUUGGCUGUGGAAUGGCUGGGCUACAGAUAUUUGGACUCCUAUUUGCAAUUUUCUUGUGCCGGAAAGUUGACAAAGAAGAGUAAUACAGGAUCUUAAUAGGAAGCGAACAACCACAACAACAUAUGAAGAAGAAACAAGCCCAACACUUUUUAAUAUGUCCUGAAUUGACACUACUAUUUGUCUUUUAAAUUAAUCUGUUACAACUAGAGCUGUCAGUUAAUGCUUGUGCAGUAUUUCAUUUAUUACUUACAGAAAUACACAUAUAUUUAAAUAUCAUAUAUAUGGCAGUAAAUGAAUGCUAAAAUUAUAGUAGUUUGAAAAUCCUAGCUUAGUCUAAAUUGUCCCCUCUAAAAUGUGGUGACUGUCGCUGAACAUUGUAAAACGUGCGUCAUUCCAAAGCAUUUUGGUUGAUAGAUAAUUGGAGAUCAUAUUGUGGCUCCAGGUUUUUGCGAAAAGGUGACGUGUUGACAGACUACAUAACACAAUCAUGAAUCAUUCAAUCACUGAAGUUGGUGUAAUACCAGGUCAUAGCUGUUGAUAGUAAAACUGAGAAUGUUUUUAAUUGUUACAUCAUUUUUUAAAAACCCAGUUUUUGUUAAUGUAUAUCAGAGUGGUGAAGGUAUCUAUACAAGACAGGAAACACGAAGAGCUAAAUACAUAUUUAAAAAUACUGGAAUUAAGAUUUUCCCUAAUUUCUUAUACAUUUCCACUCUUUAUUAUUCAUGCCUUAGUACUUAAGCGAGUUAGUUGGUCUACGUGAAUAUGACAGUAUAUUGAAUUCAUGUUCUAGAAUUGUCCAACUUUGAUAAGCACCAACAACAAAACAAAUUCAAACAAAUAUAUAUAUAUAUAUAUGAGAUUUUAUAUUUAACAUUUUGUUAAUAUCAGAAUUAUUUUAUUCCCCCAUUCAAGAUAAUGAUUGCCUUUGUUUUCUUCGAACCAGACAUUUUGUUAUUGUGUUUGAUAGUAACUUUUGAAUGUCAUUGGAUUGACUUGGCAAAUCACAGGGUUUACAAUUUUGUAUACAAAAGGCAAAUCGGGCAGGCUGCAAAAUGACCGGGUUCGCAUCGCAAAAAGCGAUGCAAAAUCUUGCGAUCGCGAUGCAAUAUUGUAACAAUGACUAGCAGUUUGCGAUGCAUGUUUUUUGUAACCAAAUUGAUCUUUGAAUUGAGAUCGCGGGAGAAGAACGCACUUAGGGGUGUCGAUUUUCCGUGAUCGCAGCCAAGGUACAUGUAACUGAUUCGCCAAUGAUAAACAUUUGUAACAUUUAUCUCAGUGUACAACCUUUUCGCGUGUGUUAGUAUUUCAAAUAGAAAAUACUGUCGGAAUACGCGGAGGAUGUUUGACGUUUUAACAACAGUGACGUAACGUACUAGUUUCUACGUCAUCGUGGUAACCUAAUUUGCAAGCAGCUAUGAUAUUGUACACUGAACUUGUAGCCUACCGUGCACGUAAAUAUAUUAUGUUCACGAAUUAAAUAUACCGCGAACAUGCUGAUAGCUCCGCGAAUUUAAUUACGCGUUAACUUAUUUCCGAUUUAGCUUUGAAUAAUGCCUAUAGAUACAAAACACAUAGCGCAUUGCAUGCACUUUAUUUUUAUCGUCAAAUUACCUGCCACAUGGUUUUAUACUACAAGUGACACUUGGUGCUAUGCAUGAUCUGCGUUCAGCGAUAGCCAGUAGUCAAAAUGUCUGAUAAUUAUUUUGACCGGUUUUCGAAGUGGUCGUUCGGUUUAACUUGUUGCGUAAAAAACCGUGUGACAAACAUUAGCGACAAACGACUGGCUGAACUCACGUCUGGUAUCUCGUGACUACAAGAUUUCAGUUUGUUGUUUUUACACUGAUUAUUCUUAUAUUCGAUACAUACUUGUGGCUUUCGUUAUUUGUAUACCUAAAUGCAACCUAUGAAUACUACUAAUAAAUAGUAUUUGGUGUAGUUUGUGAUUUUUCAAGUUUUCUUCAUCAUGUAUUAUCAUGCGGACAAGACAUACAUGCGGACAAGACUAACGGCACACGGACCGCAUGGCGAGAAUGUCUCGAGUAUAAUUAUAUCGUACGUGAAACUGUCAUUGAAAGGAGUUCAGUUGAUAUUGGUCGUUUUUAUUUUAUUAUUGGCAAAAACUAUCGUGAAAAUGUAAAAUGAAAGCUUGAUCGCGAAUUAUUUUAGCCGCGAAAAUGUUUGCGUAUACAUACGGUAUUAUCGACUAAUUAACAGCUUGGCGUUUUUAAUUUCGAAUUGCCUCGACAAAUAAUGUUCCGGUAAAAUACGUAUAUAUAUCGUUUAAGAAUUGUCAAUUUUCAUAACAAAAAUGAACACCGAAUACGUCGGAAUGAUCAGCCAAAUGAGGAAUUUUUCUCGGGCUUCAAUCGCACUUUGGAUCAGACAUACAAAUCAACUCAGGAAAGACUAAAAAAUCACUUUGAACAAGUUAGAUGACCAAGCUGCUUAGCAUAACCAUUGACAAAUAUUAUUCAGAAAUAUGUUGUACUAUAAAAAUUAAACCCUGACAUUUCUAUGCUAUUUUCUAUAUAGCCAAAAAACCCAAAGUGAGAUUCUCUGGGUGUGUGGAGGGGGGAGGCAACUGCCCUCCUUGACCUCCGGAGGAUACGGCCUUGUAAACAAGUGACAGUGAUGACCCUUCACAUGUACUGUUCUGUACUUGUUUUAUUUUGGGGUAAGCAACCCACAAUACAGAUACAUGUAUAAGAAAUAUGCAAUUUUAUUGAAAAGAAUGUGUUUUAUUCAUGUUUACUCAUUUUAUUAAAGCGCUAAUCAAAUUCCAAUAGUUGCUAAUCAAUUCUCCAUCCAGUAGGAAAAACUGCUAAUCAAAAUUUUAAAAACAAAUUGCACCCUGUCGGGUAAUUUUUGGAAACUGGUAUAGGUGUCCAUGGUUUAUACUUGAUAUCGGUACAUUAUCAUAGCUGUUUUAAGGUUUCCUUUUUUAGUACAUAACUGUUACUUAUUUCUUCUUUAUUAUACAAAUUUUAAAAUAAUAAGUUGUAAUGAUUUUGUAUCUUGAUAAAUAUAUUAAAGCUAAUCAACAAAUUUCACUUCCCCCCCCCCCCCCCCCCCCCCCCAAAAAAAAAAAGAGGCUGAAACAAAUUUGAUCACAUGUGAACCAAUUAAACUAAAUUACUUGUGAAAUGUGUUUGACAUCUUGGAUUUACUAACAGAUUGAAGAUCCCAAAACGGCUAUUGUUGUAAAGAAUCUGAUAGGAACCUUCAAGGUAUUUUGGUCCUAAGAAUAAUUUAAUAUUUUUUCCAAAUUCUGUUUUUUUAUAUUGGAGAUUUUCUCGUGAAUGCGUUUGGAUUGUAUUGCCCUGAAUGUUUUUCAUAUUUUCUAGUUCUGGACAACUUGUGACUGUUUACUGUGCACUUAGGUGUGAACCAUAUUGGUAACUGUUGAUGUUUAAUUGGUCAAUAUUUGUCAGCUUUGGCUACUUUACUAAUUAUAACAUGUAUUCAUUUGUUUGGUAAAUAUUUCAAAUGCAUAGUGAAAUGCUUUUAUCUGUAACAAAAGCCCCUUUUAUUCUUACAGAAUUCAGGAUUAUUUUUCAUCUUCAGAUAUUUUAGACUACAUAUAAUGCUUGCAUAUAAAUGUAUCUGUUAAUGGCAUGGGUUUUUCGUUUUCACACAAUUAUUUAUAGAUCUGUGUUGCAAUAUUUUGAUACAGAUCUCUUAGCAAUCUUUGGCAGAGAGUUCUUUUUUUUAUUCUUUUUUUUUAUUUGAGUAAAAAUGGCCAUGACAGCUUUUUAAAUUUUAGGUUAGAACGUUUUAUCCUUUUAAGUUAUUUUCAUUACUGAUUUUGUCGAUUUUUUAUAACUUUGCAAUUCAACAUUUUGUAACAGUAUUGCACUCAUUUCAGAGGCAAAUCUUUUUCAUUUUCUAAAGUGUUAAAGUACUAACACAUAUUUCUAAAAACACGUAAGACAAGACAUAUUUUAUUACUAGUAUGAUAGAAGUUUACUAUUGUAUUUAUGGGAUCUGUAUUAUAGAUACAGAGUUUGUGGUUUAUAACAGUAAGCAGUUAUCAUUUGUGGUGUAAUUCACAGUGAAGCCUUUAUGAAUUAUAAAGUAUUUACAUGAAAGGGAUUUGCCUAUGAAGACCAUUUGGUCAGUCAUCACAAGCUGUUUUACUAGUCAUUUGUUUUUGUUUUGCUCAUUUGCAUAUUUGUAAAUAUUAUACAUUGAUCAUCAUUUUGUCAUCUUUUUACAGCUACUGUAAACUGGCAAACCACAAUAUACAUGUAGUUAAGAAAUCCUUAUUAAUAAUAGCUUUACAAGAUUAUGUUAACUUACAAAAAUAAUAUGAGCAGCAUCUUCAUGCCCAGGUGUGAUAUUACGGUUGAAAGGGCCCUAAGCAGAUUAUUCAGUCCUUAGUCAUAUGAAGUCAGUAAACACAUACAAGUUCAGAAAAGAAGAUUUUAAGAUGGUAAUACUAUGUUGAAAACAAACCAAAAAACCAAAACAGUUUCAUCCUAAACAACAUUUGUUAAAAUUUGGUUUGUCAUGGGUGAAUUGCCCGAUUUAUGCUUCCCUAAUGUCUUCGCUGCCCAUUUUGUCCACAGUAUAAAUGUAUAUUAAUGUUCUUUGUUCAACUAAUCAUGGAAAUGUGAAACUAGGAGCCAAUUUCACAAAACAUCUAAGUUUAUGUUUACAGUAACAGCUGUGGUACGUGUUCAUCAUGUUUUGGAAUCUAAUUCAUGUAAAAUAUUACGCUAUUAUGAAAGACAGAUCACAGUAAAGAAAAAAACAAUGAUUUACAUAUAUUUAGAAGUUUAUUAUUUGUACUGUUCUUACAGAAUUUGUUUUCCAAUCAGAGGUUUAUGUUUACAUGAAAAACUAGGCUUACGAUGUUUUCUUUGAAAGUGGUCCCUAACUCUGAAAUUAAUUUAAUCACUAAUUACUAUUGUUUUGUCAAAAACAAGGGGAAAAAAGACCAGUUUUAAAUAUAUGAAGUUUUAUUCAUCAUAUUUCUCAUUGAUGUGAUUACAUGUAAAUGUUGUAUUUAUAGAAAUAUAAUCUGUAUAAAAUUGUGACUUUUUCAAAUAGAAAUGAUGUCUUAACUGUUAAUUGUUGGUAGCUAUCACUGCAUUUUACAUUUAUCACACAAUUGUUUAAACACAAGACAUACAUGUAUUUGCUUAUUGGUAGUGGCUGUUAUUGGGGGUUUUGUAGUUUUUUUGCUCAUUAAAUUUUGAAAAUAUUACAUACUGGUUAAUGGCAUGAGAAAAAUAGAGGUUAUAAAAAUUAUAUUAUUUAAAUAACGGAAUACAGCAGGUGGACAGGGUUUUGUUUUCUUCAAAUAAACAUUUUUGUUGCACUUAAGAACUAUAAGAGAAAUAGGUUCAUAACAUGGCAAUGCCAAUACAGAGAAACUGAUUUCAUUGUAAUAUUUAUCUUUUCUCAUAUGUAUCUGAUUUAAAAACUUUUUUUUUUUUGUUAAUGUGCUUACAUUUUAGUAGAUAUAUCUUUUUAAAAUAAAUUAUUUAUUAUAAUUGUUUAUUUUUUAAUUAUUAAGUUUAUUUAUUUUUUGUUUGAGCCCUUAGAAAACACUGACUAAGAGAGAUUUGAAGUAAAGUGCCUUAAUUCUGUUACUAAUUCACACUAAACUGGUCUACUUGACCAGAUGAAUGCGUAACCUGUUUGAGGCCAUUUGUAGAUCGGUGUACUGGCAUUUGCUAGAGACAUUUUACUUUUACAAUUAUGAAUAACAAAUUUAGAUUAUUUUUUUAAGAGCAUUGAAGAUGGAAGGGAAGUUUAUGAACCAGUAAGAUUUUUCCCAGUUGAAUUAAUACCAGUGUUUAAAAACAAUCAAUUUAAUUUUUCCAAGCUUCCUAUUCUUGAUAAGUCUGCUGUUUGUGUGUUAAGUCAUUAAUUGUAUUUAAUCUUACAUCUAAAAGUCGGUGACAAUGUAAUUACUGUAGAAUUUCUAUAUAAUUUAUUGCAAUGUGUAACUUACAUGUAUGUAUAAGAAAUUACCACAUUUUGAAGUGGUAGAAAUUAACCUCAAGCAGCCUCAGCUUCCUAUAUACCUGGGUACUUCCUAUAAACAUAGGUACUUCCUAUAUACAUGUACAUGGGUACUUCCUAUAAACAUAGGUACUUCCCAUAUAUACAUGAUACAUGGGUACUUCCUAUAAACAUUGGAU